CAUCCGCUUGGCGCAAUGUGUGCAGUAUAUAUACUUCAUUAAACAGGGCGCCAUCAACUCUACCGAAGCUUGAUGAGUACACCGACUUCAUCAAUCAUGUGGCCCGGGCUGAAGCUGUCAGUCUCUUGAUAACCUUCGAAAUGCCACUCAAAGUCAACAUCAACAACCUUACGUAGGUUAACCAAGGCCGGGAAAACUAUGGAGGGCGGAGGGCAGAAAACGAGCCUGGACAGCACCAGCACACCGAAUUCGCCGUCUCAGUUGUUGCUGGAAGCUGCGGCGGCAUCCCAGCAGCUACUAGGCGUUUUUGAAGCGAUCGAUGGGUCGCCAGUCUGCUUAAAUGACGCAGCAAAACCAUACUUUCCCACCCUGCGCGAGGAGCCGGCUCCUGGCAACGACCAUACACAGCCAUGUAGCGCUGGUUUGCGUGACUACUUCGUCUUAGAUCCGGCGUUGUGGGACGAGGUGCAGGCUGCAGUCGCCAACGGCAAGGCCUCCUACUCGGCGCUGGUGCGUGUGCCGCGCCCCUCCCCCUCCUGGCGGCAGCAUCAUGUAAGGGGCGGGGGGCUGCCCGAAGGCGGCGCGGCGGCGGCGCCCGGCAGCGGCGGCCACCGCCGCCGCCACAUCACCAGCGGUGGCGGCGGCGGCAGCGGCGCAGAUGAGGGCAGCACAAGCGGCGGCAGCAGCAGCGCGGCGCUCGGUGCAGCAGGAGCACCGAGCUCCAGGACGCCGGCUGCCGCAGCCGCAGCCGCCGCCACCGCCGACAGUGCCGCUUCCCGCUGCGGUGCUUACGGCGGCAGCGGCGGCAGCGACACAGCGCCCACAUUGCCACCUGCUGUGGCUGAGGACGAGGCGGCGGCAGCCGCCGCGAAUGGCGAGCAGGCGGCGGAUGGCGAGCAGGCGGCGAAUGGCGAGCAGGCGGCGGAUGGUGGCGGCGGCGAGGGCGGCGCGGAGGGUUGCGACGACGGCGACGACGGUGCCGCUGCAGCGCCCGCACACACGUCCAGCAGCAGGGCGGCCUACUGUGAUGACGCGGACCAGCUGCUGCUGCUGGAGACCCUGUCGCUCACCGUCAGCACCACCGCCGCCUGCACCACCGCUGUCGGCACCGCCGACACAUACGAAGGCCUGUUCGCCCUCAAUACUGGCGGCGGCACGGCGGCGGCGGCCGCCGCCAACGGCAGCUUCACCGGCGUCGUUGUCGGCGGCGGGGACAGCAGCAGUAGCCAGCGGCGUGCGGCAUCCGGGUCGUCAGGAGUGUUGGGGUCUGCUGCGGGCUCGCCGCGUGUGCUAGGGCCGGGGCUGCAUGCAGCCGCAGCAGCCGCCCCCGCCGUCAGCACCACCACCAACGCCACCAGUCGCCUUGCCGCAGCAAUAGAGGGCUACGUGCCUGUGCGGCCACGCGGCGGCGGCAGUAAUGGCGGGUGUACUGCAGGAGGCGGCGGCGGUGGCGGCGGCGGUGGCGGCGGCGGCAGCGGAGAGCUGGAGCUGCUGCCGGGGAUGCGGCAGCGCGGUGAGGUGUGCGGCGGCGGCCCGCCGAGCUCAGGAAGCCUGCUGGCAGCAGCGGGUGCCGCCGCCGGCGCCUGCGGCCCGCCAGCCUCCUCGCCGUUUCCGGCACCUCUCAUCCUCCACUACGGCGGCACUACCGGCCCUGCUGCUGAGCGCUCCGGCCAGUCGUCGUCCUCAGCCGCGCACGGCAGCCCCCCGCUGCUGAUGUUGCUGCAGCCGCUGCAGGCGCUGUCACACCCACACGCGCACUUGCCAAUCGGCGGCGGCGGCGGCGGCGGCGGCGCCAGCUCCUUGACCGGUGACCCUGCCGCCGCCGCCGCCGCCGCCGCCGCUGGCACCGCCGCAGCUGGCACCGCCGCUGCCUCUGCAUCCUCCGCCGCCGCCUUCUCCUCAUCCACACCCGCCUCCACACAACACGCGCACGUGCAAGGCGGCAUGGGCGGCAUGGGUUCCCAGCGUGUCGGCAGUAACCCGCCGAGCAGCAACAACAGCCAACAAGGGGGUGCGCCGCCGCGGCCGCGCCGCACGACCACGGUGCGUAGCCGCGGUGCCGGCGCGACCGGCUUCACGUCGCUAGAGUACAUCUCACCCGCCGACAUGCUCGCGCCCGGAACCGGGGCCGCCACCACUACCAGCGCUUUCGACGGCUCUUGCGGCAGCGCGCCCUACUCGGCCCCCAUGGUCAUAGCCGACGGGGCGCCAGCGGGAAGUGGCGGCAGCCGCAGCAACAGCGGCGGGGUGAUGCCAGCGGCGGCGGCGGCGGCAGGAGCGCAAAUGACUGAUGGGUGCGGUGGGUGCGGUGGAGGUGGAGGUGGCGUGCGGCCGCUUCCAUUCCCAGCGACGCAGCAGGGUCGGCACGAGCUGGCCGGCAGGCCAUUGCAGCUGCGCAGUCCCUCCACCUGGCCGGUCGGCGCCGUGCCGCCGCCCGCUUGCCGGCCCGCCUCGGACCCCAGCCUGCUACCCGGUGCCCUGGACGCCACCGCUCCUGCUGCUGCUGCUGCUGCUGCUGCCGCUGCUGAUUGCUGCGGCGCCGGCGGCUGCGUUGCGCCUGGUGGUUUGCCCGGUGGCGGUGGUGGCGGUGGUGGUGGUUUGUCGCCUGUCGCCUGUGGGGCGCUGCUCAGCGGCUCCCGCCUGCCGCGUGACCGUCUGGUGGGAGGAGCUGCAGCAGGGUCAGCAGCAACAACGGCAGUCGCAGCAGGCGGGACAGCAGCGGCAGCCGGCGCAAAAAAACCACCGUCAAUGCGCCACCACCACCGCCGCGGCGGCCACCGCAGCCACAGCCAUGGCCAGUUGGUGGUGGCGGCUGAUGAGGAGGAGGGGGAGGGGAAGGAGGCGGCCGUGCCCUUCGUGUGGCAUCAGGUGCAAAUUACCAUCAAGCGUGAGCGCCUCCCGCCGGCUGCUGCUGAUGACGACAACAGCGACGGGCUAGACGCUGGCGGCGGCGGCACUGGCGGCGGCAGCACUGGCGGCGGCGGCGCUGGCGGCGGCGGCGCUGGCGGCGGCGGCGCUGGCGGCGGCGGCGCUGGCGGCGGCGGCACUGGCGGCGGCAGCACUGGCGGCGGCGGCGCUGGCGGCGGCGGCGGGGGCUGCCGCGUGACGCUGCUGCUGAGCGCUGUGGACGUGAGCGGCUGGAAGGAGGCUCACCAGCGGCUGGAGGGGCUGCUGCAGCAGGAGCACAAACUGCUGGAGGCAAUGUUCCCACGGCAUGUGAUUGAGCACGUGGUCCGCGCCGCCGGCUCGACCGCGGGCAGGGGCUCGGGCGGCCCCCCGCACUCCCGCACCGCCUCCAGCUCCAACCUGGCCCUGCUCACUGCAACGGCGGCUGGCGGCGGCGGUGGUGGCGGUGGCGGCGGCGGCGGCGGCGGCGGCGGCAGUCGGAUGGGCUCCGGCGUCCUGGGCAGCGGCGCCGGCAGCGGCGGCAGCACUCUGGUCGCUUUCAAUUCCGGACUGGUCGUCAGUAACAGCAGCAGCCGCGGCGGCUCCUUCAUUGCCGCCGUGCCUGACGCCGGGGGUGCGGGCGGCGGCUCUGGCUCACCCUAUGCCUCGCCGUCAGGAGUGCCGCUGCCGUCGCUGCUCUCUCCGGCAGCGGCACCGCCGCUGGCCUGUGCGUCUGUGUCGCUGCUGCCGGACCACCCGGCCCUGGUGGCGGCGUCGGCGGCGGCGGUGGCGGCGGCAAACAGCCGGCAGCGGCGGCGGCGGACGUCCUCGGCGGGUGUGGGGGGCAGGCUGGCGGCAGGUGUUGUGGGCGGCAGCGGGGGCCUGCCACUCGCCACCGCGCACCGCAGCGUGACGGUCCUGUUCGCCGACAUCGUGGGCUUCACGUCCAUGUGUAAUGAGCUGGAGCCGAUUGCAGUGAUGGCGUUUCUGAACGGCCUGUUCACUCGCUUCGACUGCCUGUGCGACAUCUACGGCGUGUAUAAGGUGGAGACCAUCGGCGACUGCUUUAUGGCGGUGGGCGGUUUGAUAACCGUGGACGGCGAGGGCUUCAAAGCCGUGCGCGGCGACGGCAGUGAGGACGAGCUUCACGCGCUCAAGCCGCUGCGGCUGCGCGUGGGGCUGCACAGCGGCCCCGUCACCGCUGGCAUCGUGGGCGCCAAGAUGCCCCGCUUCUGCCUGUUCGGCGACACCGUCAACACCGCCAGCCGCAUGGAGUCCACGUGCGAGCCGGGCGCCGUGCACGUGAGCGCGGCCACGCAGGCGCUGCUGCCGCAGGAGGACUGGGCGCCCACAGGCGGCGUGCAGGUCAAGGGAAAGGGCGAAAUGCAGACCUAUGUCUGGCGGCCGCCGCCGCUGCCCGACUGCGCCGUCGCCGCGGCGGCGGCCGCCGCCGCCACCGGCGGCGCCGGCGGCGCGCUGCUCACGCCGCUGCUGCUGGCGGCGGCGGGCCGCGCCACCAGGUCUCCUCACGCCGGCGGCGGCGGGCCGCAGCUACAGGGCUUGUACGGCCAGCAGUGGCAGUGGCAACAGGGGCAGCAAGGGCAGCAGGGGCAGGGGCAGCAGGGGCGGGCGCCAUCGCAAGCGCUGUCGCCCUGGAGCUCGGGGCCCGCGGCGCUGCCCAGCAGCAGUCGCUCCGCCGACCCCGACGCCUCGGCGCUGUGGCAGCAGCUGGCGGCGGCGCUGCUGCUGGCGGAGAGCGUAUCGGCGCCGCCGCUGGCGGGAGGCGGCAGCGGCAGGGACAGCAGCAGCGGCAGCGGCGGGCGCGGGCGCGGCGAUGCCGCUGGCGACGUGGGUGGCGCCGGCCGCGACGACGCCGCUGGUGGCGGCGACGUUGGUGGUGGCGACGCUGGUGGUGGCGACGCUCCGCGCGUGGCCGCGCCGGCGGCGCAUGCAGCGGCAGCAAGCUUGGCGGUAACGGGGCCCCGGAGCGAGCCGUCGCCGCCGCAGCAGCCGCUGCCGCCGCCGCCGCCGCAGCAGCAGCAGGGCUCAAGGCCGCGCGGCCUGUCCACUCCGUCCGAGGGCCACUCGGGUCCUCCCGCAGCCGCCAAUGCCUACCUGCCCUGCGGCGGCGGCGGCGGCGGCGGUGGCAGCUCAUCAGCCCAUACCGGUGGGUGAGAACACCGAGUGGCAUGCAGCCGGAUGAGCAGGAGCAGGAAGGCACGAGGGAACGGAGGCAAGCUGCAACGGCAGUGUAUCUGCUGCCGGAAUGACCUCCAUGCUUGACUACCGGCGGCAGUCGUGGUGCCUUGAGCCGUCUGUCGUGUUGGGGGCUGUCAUUCAUCAGUAGUGUCGCGUGCGGGCUAGCUAGCCGGCCUUGCAACGCAGCGCGCUUUCUGUGACCCAGAAGUGUAUAAUUGCUUCUUCUGUGAUUGGAUGCACGACGCGUACAACGCACACGUUGAGCGGAUGGAAGAGUUUAUUAAUAUUAACUUGACAAAGUGCACAGCCCUGCGUUGAUGAUAACUGACCAUGGUAUGGACCUGUAUGGACUUGUUUAUCCACGAUCGUACUGUGGAAUUUUGUAUGGGACAUACCGCACUGGAAGCGUGGCUUCGCAGAUUUAUGUGCACUGCGCGGCCGCAGCCGUGUACCGGUCAAAGUGCUGGGUGAAUGCAUGCUGAAGUAACGCCGGAUCCCGUUUGUUCAAAAAGAUGAACAAACGGGAUCCGGCGUUCUUCCGCAUGCGCGUAUAUGUGUGUGCGCGCGCAUGCGUGCGUGUGUGCGUGUGUGUUUAUGGGCUACACGCCCAAGUAACCCAAGCCCAUUGGGGGGACAUGGGACUUUCGCGUGAAUGGCUCCGGGUCUGCAAAGCGAACGGGUCUUGUUGAAGAGCACACGGGGCGGCACAGGCUGCACGUGUAUGUGUGUGUGUGUGUGUGUGUGUG